UUAAGAGAUAUGAUUAUUUUACUUAUGAGUGAGUUACAAAUUUGACAAGGGGAUUUUAAUUUGCAACAUAUGAAAUACUGUACAAUUCAGGAAGAUUUUAAACCUCAGCAAGCACAGACCCUCAUCUCUAAUGCUAUCCGAUUGUCCUAUCUUAAUUAAUCUUUUCUGUUUCCAUAUUUGCUGUCAAAAAUGGGACUACAUAGUCUAACACUACAAAAGAACUAUCAGCAUGCAUACUGUAUUUACCUCAUUCAGAACUUUUCUACACACCAAGCAUUGCUAUAGAGAUGAGUCUGAAUUCAGCAAGCUCAAUGUCAGCUGUGACUUCCACCUCUAUAUAAAACAGGGAGAAAAAUGAGCUUUGUCUGCCAGGAUGUCGUGAGUUAAGCAAUAAAUAAAACUAGGCCAUCUGUGCUGAAGCUGCAAUCACUGUCAAUUUAAGCACUGUAUUUCCCCAUCUCCCUCUCUCUCUCUCUCUCUCUCUCUCUCUCUCUCUCUCACAUAGGAGUGAUGGUUAGUAAGGAGGCAGGCCCCUGCGUCCUGUCAAAUUCAGAGUCGGACUCAGAGGCCGGAGGUCCAACCCUCGGAAGUGAGAGCAGUAGAAGUGGGGACGUAGUGAGCAAAAGGAACAAGGCCCUGCAGGUCCGCUUCAAGGACAUCUGUGAGGCCCAGAAUGAGGCAGCACGUCUAGCCCGGGGUGCCAGGGUGCGCUCUGUUUCAUGCAAGGUUGUACACAAGAGGUACUUGACCAUGCCGGCACGUCGCUCCAUACCCAAUGUGACCAAGAGCACAGCAGUGCAAACCUCACCCGAAUUAAAGAAGCGUUAUCAGACUUUCCCCUUUGAGCGCAAAAAGGGGCACACUAUUAAACACACAGCUCUGGUGGAGAACUAUGAGAACCAAAACAACGGGUUCUUAAGUGAAGUGCAAGCCACUGAGGAGGAAAGGCCACAUGGGGCAAGGGUACAGAAGACGCGAGUGCUUCUGCACAGUAUGCCACCAUGUGCUGAUGUGCAGGAUUUGUGCCCAGAUAGCAGCCUUGGUUCCUCAGGUCAAGCCAGGGAGACAGAUACAAACUUGCACCAACCAGACUCAAAGGAAGAAGAGUGUUCCCAAGGAAGCAGCUCCAAGCACAAAGGAUUACCCAGUCAGAGUGAAGUGGGAGCAGAACAAGAGCCCAACUGCACCAAAAGCUCCUCCUCAUCUUCAUCAAUACAACCUCUGCAGGACAGAGGUGCCAUUUCAAAGGUCACAGGCCCCAUUGCAUGGACAUCUUUGACGCAAGUGGAAUGUUUGGAUAGUCCCUCAGUGCAGUGCAAGCGUAAGAAAAAUCCUGCACCAUUGAAUGGUCUGCAGUCUCAGACCUUACCACGUGCUGCCAGCUGCCCCUCCCAGGAUACCAGUCAGGCUCACUUCCAUGGUAGCUAUGGCUUUGGUAUUACAGAUACCCGAGAAGUCACCAGGAGUCAUGUGUGUGGGCAGAUGAUUUCGCUGCCUGGAGCAGAUUUAGAUGUGAAAGCCCAACUGCAGGCCAUGGAGACUCUCAUUAGCUCAAGCCAGGAGACCAUUAAAGUGCUGCUGGGGGUCAUUCAGGAACUAGAGAAAGGAGAGGCACAGCGGGAGGGAUUAUCAUACCGAACAGGGCAGGAUACAGCCAACUGUGACACAUGCCGCAAUAGUGCCUGCAUCAUCUACAGUGUGGAGCUGGAUUUUAAGUUGCAAGAGGAUAAACUCCAGCCAUUGAUGAAAAGACUGUGUCCAGCAGUAGAACCGCCCUACCCUUCUCUGCCUUAUACGCAUGAAGUGUACACUUCCACCCCCAAGCGCAAGUCCAAGACUGAAGCCAAGAAGCAUGCACGCUGGAGACUCUGGUUUCUCUGAAUUGAGACUUUCACCUCUCUUAUUUCCAGCAUUCAUGCGCCAUAGCGCCACAAGAACAUCCACAGCCCAAUCUGUAAAAUUAUGCACUGACAAACAGAUAGUGAAACACCGUAUUCCAGUGUUUUGAGGUUGUAGCACUGGGGCUGCAUUUAGAUGUUGGAUUUUAAUGAGGAAUUGCAUUUGUUUUCAUCCUGUCAUCUUUAAUAACAGCCUGGGAACUGGGAUCAUGUUUACCAAAAUGUAUUAUUAUUAUUAUUAUUAUUAUUAUUAUUAUUAUUAUUAUUAUUAUUUUUAAAUAUAAGGUUAUGUUUAGUUGUUUAUUUAAUAUGGUAAGAAUAGCCAGCAUUUUGGAUAAGAUAGAUUAGGGCUACUAUUAAACUCCAAAAAAUCUAUUUCUCUCCUUUUCUUGUCCUAACUCCUGUCUACUUCUGCAGGGGCUCUAUAGAGUGGAACAGAUAACCUUCACAGGUAGUUCACCAUAAUUCUACUUUGGAUGGUCAUCUAAGACAUCUAGUCAGCAAAGCACAAACAUAUAUAUUAUUUUCUUUCUUUAUUACAUUUACUGUAAUAGGGAAGUUGUUCAUA